AUGGCCAGGCUUGAAGUUCCUCCAUCGGCGAGCUCCUCCAAAUUCCAACUACCCUCGCAUCGACGACCAGAACCUCCAUCAGGAGACGACGAACUGGAAAACCUCCGGCUGAUUUCAUUCCCCAGCUCAGAGAUACCCACAUCUACCAUAUCCCUUUUCAACGAAACACCGACAAGGCGACUGCAUUUCGGGCCGUACGCCCCCUUACCGUUACAAGGGAUCCAAGUAGACCAGUGUGAAAGGCGAAGAACAGACCGAAAAGCCGCAGCUGUGGAGAAGAAGACGACGAAUUUGGUGAGGAAGACGGUGGACAUCCUGUUCAGGACUCGGAGUAAAGGCGAUAGUGCGGGGGAAAGAGUACAUUCGCAGAAGAGAUGUAGGACACCGUUCCAAGCAAGAAAACGAGCUCUUCCGCGACCUUAA